UCGAAAGUGCAAUAUUUUGUAAAUAAAUCGUCGACAUCCCGCUGUUUGGAUGUUUCGCUGAUUAAGAUCUCUUUUAAAUCAUUCCUUUGAACCAUUGUUUUUAUUACAAUAUAUAUCACACGACAGUCAUUUUAAAAGCAUUUGUGUUUGAGACGUCGAGAUGAUGUGAGGGUGGUUGCAAGAUUUGUACAUCUAAAUUUCGCAUGAAAGUCGGUCCAAAGUUCCACACUUUAUAGUAUUAAAACCGGAGUACGAUGUCUUGUACGUUAUGAUUUCCAGUCGCAACGGGAACAUAAGGUCAUAAACCUUGCAUUUGAGGAGAAUGGAUGGUCCAAGAAAGGGAAAAUACACCGGCAAAAUAAUAAGAGGAAGAAACUUUAGUUGAGUUUUAUUGACUUUAGGAUGGGGGCAGCAACGUCAUGCUCUGGAAAAAGCCGGACACAAACAAUGCCUGUCGCAAAUGGAAAUGGUGGUCACAUGAAGAAAAACGCUAAUAGAACAAAAAGCAACAAGGUUUCUUGUCAAAAUGGCGUGGCUGAUCAUGCUCAUAUGUCUGAGGUAGAAGAAGUCGAGGGGAAGAGAAGGGAUUUAAGGGAACCACCUGAUCGUUCGGUAUCCGCCGUCAACCUUCGUCCGAGUAAAAGUGAAGGCAAUACACCUCACAUUAUGCGCAGGUCAACAGGAGAUGACAGCAAAUCAUUGCUAAGGCGGUCUUGUGGCAGUCAAAACCUUCUCACCGUUGACAAAGUUUUCUCCGAGGACGAUCAUGCCCACCUGGCGGUGUUUCGACAGAUGAGCGAUCCAGUGGCUGUAAGUCGGUCAGUGCCAUCAUCCCCCAGGAUUGCUAGACCCCCAGCGAAGGAGAGUCAUCACGUCAACGUAUUGAAGACCGAGAAUGGUCUUUCCCUGAACGAGUAUAAAGUGUUUGACGAGAUUGGAAAGGGGUCCUAUGGUGUUGUGAGAAUGUGUUAUUCUGAAUCAGAUCAUCUGAAUUACGCCAUGAAAAUUAUGUCAAAGAAAAGAAUAAUGAGAAAAGCAGGACUGAUGAAACCGGCUGAUCGCGGCAAGAAAGAUGCUUUGGAUGGUUUGAAGAGAGAGAUCGCUAUACUGAAGAAAGUUGAUCAUCCAAAUAUUGUGAGACUUUACGAGGUUCUUGAUGAUCCGUCUGAUGAUAACUUGUACUUAGUUUUUGAGCUGGUCGAAAAGGGGCCUGUGAUGGAGGUUCCAACAGACAAUCCGUUGAGCGAGGCAGACGCGAGAAAAUAUUUCAGAGAUGUUCAUUCUGGAAUUGAAUAUCUACAUUUCCAUCGGAUAGUCCACAGAGAUAUCAAACCGUCAAAUCUUUUACUUGGGGACGAUGGUCAUGUUAAGAUUGCAGAUUUUGGUGUCGCUGAUAUAUUUGAGGGUGAGGAUGCUUUGCUUUCGAAAUCUGCUGGAUCACCUGCCUUUAUGGCUCCAGAGUCAUUACAAGCAACUCGGGACACUUACAGUGGAAAGGCUACAGAUGUCUGGGCAAUGGGAGUGACGUUGUACUGUUUCGUAUUUGGAGAGAUUCCAUUUAAACACAGCAAUCGAUACAGCCUUUACGAAUUGAUUAAAACAAGCGAAUUGAAAUUCCCGGAAAACCGUUCUCUGAGUCCGGGUCUUGAAGACCUGUUGCUAAGAAUGUUAAUCAAAGAUCCCAGUAAUCGUAUAACAAUUGAUGAUAUGAAGGUUCAUCCUUGGCUAACUAAAGGUGGCUCUGAACCGCUUCCUUCGACCUACGAUAAUUGCACGGUCCUGGAACCGACUGAGGAAGAGAUUUGCAAUAGUAUUCGAAGCGUGCCCAAAAUUAGGACAUUGAUUUUGGUGAAACGAAUGUUAAAACAUGGUCAUUUUGGAAACCGCGAGAAACUAAAUCGUGCACGCCUCAGUACAAGCUCAAUACAAUAGAAAUUAUCAAAAAAAAUACACAGAAUAUAUAUUUAUCCGAGUGGGUAUACCUGGGGUAGGUCUUCAAGAUAUAAACUCCACACUGAUGUACAUGUAGAGACUAGAGACGACACAAUAGUUGGUGGAAAUGGUGGGGAUUUUAACCGUAUUUAAAUCAUUAUGCCAAUUUACUUUAUGGAUGGUAAAUGGUAAGCAAACUUGAAGAUAUGUAGCCCUAGUAGGAUUUUCUAUAUUUGUUCGUGAAAAGAUGCAUUAUGACGCUUUAUAAACAGAAAACUGGUUUAUAUUAGAAGAACACACUAAAAGAUUCGACACAUUUGUAUCAAAUGCAAAAAAAGUAAAUUUAUCAUUGGUGGUAGAGAAGUUCGAUAAUAAUG